AUGCUUCCAAAGUCUAUACUUUCUCCACUUCUCGGUCUUGUGCUAACCGGCAUGGCGCUGGUCAAUCUCUUCCAAGAUUUUCUGCAGGUUCAACAAAAUCACUGGGACGAUUCUUCAUUGCUGAAUGGUUCAGCAGCCGUUGGUUUCGUUUCCACUGCAACAAAUCCCACACGAAACAAUGAUUUGUUGUCCGUGGUGAGUGAUAGAAUAACAACAACAACAACAACAACAACAACAAUGCUUUCCUUCAAGGAUGAGUCGAGACUAGGCAAUGGCACCAAGAUGUCAAUGUACAAAACUAACUAUACUUUCGAUCGACAAGACGAUGCAGCAAUGCACCUGGAAUCUACUUUUGAUGGAUUCCAUGACUUUUUGGUGGACGGACCAAGGCGGCGGCCUUUUUCGUCUGGGCUCGCCGUCACUGCAGAAUUACUAAUGCGCCAAGCCAACAGCGGCAGUACCAGCAAAAAUUAUGAUGAUGGGGUUUCUUUCUUUCAAUCCAAAGGUGCCUAUUAUGCAGCAGCAUGGCUGUCCACCACAGAAACAUUCUUGAGCAACACCAAGUUGGAUUUGCAAGCCAACAGGAAAAAGUCCGAAAGAGGCUGGAAUAUGGAAGCAGGCACUUGGGUUGGAAUCAAGGGUAGAAAGAAUCAUAGGACCAAUGACAUGCUCGACUUUUUUGUUCAUCAUCUUUCUCGCUACAAAGGACCUUACAGCGUCCGAGGACCGGACCAAGAAUCAAACUGGGAAAUGUAUUUGGAAGGAUUGGAUGCCAUGCAAUAUACAUAUGAGGAACGACCAUUUAACAAUCCAAGCAUGGAUCGCAAUGGUAGAAUCCUGGUAAUGUGUCCGUAUCAUGGGACUUCUGAUAAUCAUUCGGGCCAAGAUGAGAAGCGCUUGCAUUUGAAUGUCACGAUCAAGGCCUUAGCAAGAGUCUUUCCGAAUAUUGUCGUGACUGUUUGCGAUGACGUCAACUUGAACUAUGUUGCUAGCGAAAGUGGUCUCAAUGAAUACCUGUAUGACGUUCUCUUGGUCAAGAAUCUAAGCAUGGCUCCAAUACUGAAGUGCACGCAUCUCCCAUUUCUAUCCAAUGUUCAGGUUCGGCGUUUGCUCCAAAAAGGAUACUACUCCACAGACCAGUUUGACUGGAUCUACUACACGGAAUCGGACCAACCUCCACACUUGACCAGUUUGAAUGCCUUGCUGAAAGAGACACUUUACAAAAAUCGAACCGUGGUCGUACCACACCGAAGUCACCCCAUUGCACUGCCGCGAGACUUGAAUGUUUCGAUGGCUUCCAAACAAACAAAACGGUUUCUUGAGAUCAACAGUGCUAAGGUCUUGCAUCGAGUCGAUGACUUGCGAGAAUACAGUUGUUGCUUUCUUGGGAAGAAUAAAACGGCAUGGGAGGCUCCGGACGUUGAAUUGUUUCAGCAGUACAAUGGUCAUGCUCAAGUCACUGGCGAAUGCAAUCCAUUCCAAUUGACUUGCAACAUUUGCAAGUUUCGGAAUCGGACCAAAGCAGGACCAUGCCGUCGUGGUCCCAAUAGCAUUUCCUAA